UUACAGUGAAUUGGUCAACUGCACAUCUCAUCAGCUGUUUUGUUUCUCCUAUUGCUCGUGUUGUGUAAUAUUCAUUUGAAUCACAAUGUCUGCUCCAGCUGCUCGUCAAUCUGUUGGGCUCAUCAAAAAGGCGUGGAAUGAAAUACCCGAUAUUGUUGGUGGUUCGGUGUUAGCCAUUAUUGGUUUGGGUCUUGCUGGUAUCGGCUUGGCGAACUACUAUGGCCAUGAUGGCGAUAACCGUAAAUACAAAUACGGCUAUGUAAUUAUGCGUCCCGAUGAUCCCAGAGCUGCCAAAGUGCACAAGGAUUAAAAUAAAAACAAGAAAUCAUUGUUUCUCUGGAGAAUUAUUGUGAUUUUUUAUUCGAAAAAGUAAACACCACGAAAUUAAAUAUAAAUUAAUUAAACAUUA